GAUUCCUCAAGGUCAUACGGAAGCAAUCAGAUGACCCGAAGCGAACGUUAGAUCGACAAAAAUCCAACCUAAUUGGGUCAAGAGCAUUGCAUAUCAUUGAGGCACAGCAAGGGUCAGAGAUAGCAGACUUCAGGUCGAGAAUGCAGAUCAUCUGCAAUGAUGUAACGUGUCAUAGGAUCGAGGACCAGUCGGGCUGGCAGGCAUUUGUGUACAAGUACCCAUUACGUCUGACUAACGCUGGUCUCUCUGACGAGGGAAGGGAGGUAAUCCAGGAAGGAAUUGUUCUCACCGUAUAUGUGGAGGAACCAACUGGGAACCAAAUAUCCUUCAUGAUGAAAGAAUCUAUUGAAAGCACCCCCUCUCAGCUGAUCGCACAGGCUCUAAGCAAGUGGGCUAACAAGACUCGGAAUCAGGCUCACAUGCCUGACAAAUAUCUCCUCAAGACUGUUGGACUUUCUGACUAUGUCUAUGGGGAAAACCCUCUGAAAGAGUAUAAGUAUGUAAAUGACUGUAUAAUGAAGAAUGAAGCGCCUGCUUUUCUGUUACAAAGUAAAGACGACAUACUAGAGAGGAGUGACAUAGCUAGUCGGCCACGUCCUAGCAUCCUGUCCCGUCCAUCCACAGGGAUGAUCUCCUCCCCAACUAUAAAAUCACCUACAUCUGUGUGGCACGUCCUCGAGCAGUUAUCCUUUAAACUACAGUAUGCCCAAAACGUGGAGAUACCUAAUGGCAGUAAGGUGAAGUUUUAUGCUGGACUGUUCUAUGGUAUGGAGUCCAUAGAGACUAUAAGUACUGAGGAUAUAGUCAUCUCUGACAGCCAGUGUACCUGGAACCAGGAAAUGGUCUUUAAGACGGAAGUUAGCGAAAUCCCGCAUAUGUGUCGUCUGUGUAUGGCUCUCCACGGACGCACCAAGGGCAAGGAAAACACUUUGAUCGCAUGGGUAAAUGUCCCACUGUUUAACUACAAGUCCCGACUGAUGAGGGGUGAAUAUAAGUUUUCAAUGUGGGGCAGAUCUGAUCAUCAACAGCAGGAUGAAAGCUUCUAUCCUAUAGGCACUGUCUUCCAGAAUCCUGAUGAAGAUGCUACCGUUCUUGCUAUAACGGUCCCCAAUUUUAAUAGAGCUGUCCCAAUUGUCUUCCCAUCAGACAAAGAGGUGCUGCAGUGUGCCAGUGACAACAUGGAGGAUCCCGACAGCCUUGGGUCACCAACGUGGCACCCAAGUAAUUCUCACCUCAUCCAGCUGCAGCAGAUCCUGGAAAAUGACUCGACUAACAUGUAUCAGCUGGUAGAACAGGAAAAGGAAUUGGUGUGGCUACUGCGUUAUGAGUGUCGCGACAACUACCCACACGCACUUCCUCACCUCCUGUCCUCGGUUAAAUGGUACAACUACAAAGAUGUUGCCAAGAUGCAGGCCCUCCUACAGACUUGGAGACAACAACCAGUUGAUUGUGCUCUUUCACUACUAGACUUCAACUUCCCGGACAGAAAUGUUCGCAAGAAAGCCAUUGACUGGUUAAACGAUACACUCAAUGACAAUGAACUGUCCCAGUACAUGCUACAGUUGGUGCAGUCCUUGAAGUUUGAGGCCUACCUCUUCUCUGAUCUUGCCACCUUCCUGUUGGAGAGAUGCCUGUGUAACCAGCACCUCGGACAUCAGUUGUUUUGGCUUCUCAAGUCAGAGCUUCAUGACUCAAAGGUGACUGUUCAGUUUGGUUUGAUUCUAGAAGUGUACCUCCGGUUUAGCCGAGACCAUAUUCCAAACAUUUGCAAACAACAGGAGUCAUUGUCUAAGCUCGUCUGUCUUAACACAAUAGCAAAACAGAAAUCUUCCAAGAACAACGUAAAGGCAGCCGACCGAAUACGACCUCUAUUGGCACAAAAGACUUACACGGAACCACUGACCAAUCUGUACACACCGCUUACCCCUCUCUUCAAGGUUGGCGUCCUCAGACAUGAGAAGUGUAAUGUGAUGGAUUCUAAGAAGAAACCUCUGUGGUUACACUGGACCAAUGCGGACGAGAGGGGCCAGGAUAUCCUCAUCAUGUACAAAAAUGGGGAUGAUCUGAGACAGGAUAUGUUGACCCUACAAAUGUUUACAAUCAUGGAUAACAUCUGGAGGGAAGAGGAACUAGAUCUCAGGUAA